GUGUAGGUGUCAGCGGGUUGGUUGGGCUUGUGUUUACAGCUCUCCUGGAUGCUGCUCGCUGCCGAUGUUCCCGAGAAAGUGCAAUGCCAUGUCAAACGCUAUUGGAAUAAAAAACCCGUGGACUUAAAGGUGAUUUUGCUCAUCAUCUCCCUACACCUCCUCCUCCUGUCUUCCAUUCAUGAGCAGCAGGGUCGAAAUUAAAAGUGGCAGCCAUGGAUGACAAGGGCUCUGUGGGGAAGAUUAGCGUAUCUUCAGACUCAGUCUCCACUCUCAACAGUGAGGACUUUGUCCUCGUGUCCCGGCUGGGGGACGAGACACCUUCAUCCACGAAUAAUGGUAGUGAUGACGAAAAGACAGGACUGAAGGUGAUUUCAGAGGAAGGGGUCAGCUUUAAGAUUGUGGGGAAUGGGAGUGAGCAGCAGCUCCAGAGGGAGUUGGAGGACGUCCUCAUGGACCCGUCAGUGGCAGACGCUGGGCUCGGAUCGGAAGCGAUGAGCAGCCUUGGCCCGAGUGACCAUGGGGUUCUUCCUAACGUGACGUCCCCCGUACCGGCAGGCACUGACCCAUUAAGUUCACCUCCACCCAAGCUGGAGAUGGUGCUCCCUGUUCAGACGGCCCAGGAGAGCGAGCUGAAUGAGAGGUCUUACAGAGCAGAUGAAUCGUCAUCAGAGGGAAGCCCUUGCAGUCCAAUUCCAGACGAGGACAGCGUUGUGUUCAGCCAGCUAACAUAUCUGGGGUGUGCCUCCGUCAACGCCCCCCGAAGUGAAGUGGAGGCCCUUCGGAUGAUGAGCAUUCUCCGAGGGCAGUGCCAACUCCCACUGGAUGUCACACUUUCAGUGCCAGGCGUGUCUGAAGGCACUGUCAGGUUGUUGGACCCCCACAACAACACAGAAAUUGCCAAUUACCCCAUUUAUAAGAUCCUGUUCUGUGUCCGAGGCCAUGAUGGCACACCAGAGAGCGACUGCUUCGCCUUCACUGAGAGCCACCACAACGCAGAGAUCUUCAGGAUUCACGUGUUCCGCUGCCAAAUCCGAGAGGCGGUGAGCCGGAUACUGUACAGCUUUGCCACAGCCUUCCGGAGGUCAGCUAAGAAGGCACUACUGUCAUCUCAGCAGAAUGCCCCACUCACCCCUGACAGCGACUUGUUCACCUUCACAGUUAGUCUGGAAAUCAGGGAAGAUGAUGGCAAGGGUACUUUCAGUGCUGUUGCAAAAGACAAGGACAAACAGAGCUUCAAGCUUCGUGCUGGACUGGACAAGAAGAUUGUAAUUUACAUUCAGCAGACCUCCAACAAGGAACUAGCAAUUGAGAGGUGUUUUGGACUCCUGCUCAGCCCGGGGAGAAAUGUGAAGAACAGCGACAUGCACCUGCUGGACUUGGAGUCAAUGGGAAAGAGCUCAGAUGGGAAGUCUUACAUCAUCACAGGAAGCUGGAACCCCAACACGCCUCAGUUUCAGGCUGUGAAUGAGGAAACGCCCAAAGAUAAAUUUAUGUACAUGACGACUGCAGUAGAUCUGGUGAUUACAGAGGUGGAGGAACCGGUCCGUUUUUUGCUGGAGACGAGGGUGCGAGUGUGUUCCCCAAACGACAGGCUGUUCUGGCCCUUUAGCAAGCGUAGCUACACUGAGACCUUCUACCUUAAACUACGACAGAUGGAGCGAAAAGAACGAAAGAGUCCUUCCUCUGACACACUUUAUGAGGUGGUGAGUUUGGAAAGUGAAACGGAGAGAGAGAAGAGGAAAACCACAGCUAGUCCAAGCAUCCUCCCAUCUGGGCCCGGGACCAUGGCUCCUUCGCCGCCGGAGGAUGAUGAAGAGGAAGAUAACGACGAGCCAUUACUCAGUGGGUCUGGUGACGUUUCAAAGGAGUGUGCAGAGAAGAUCCUUGAAACCUGGGGAGACUUGUUGUCCAAAUGGCACAUGAACCUAUCUGUGCGUCCAAGGCAGCUGCCAGCUUUGGUGCGGAGCGGCAUCCCUGAGGCACUCCGUGGGGAGGUGUGGCAGCUUCUGGCAGGCUGCCACAACAACGACCACCUGGUAGAGGAAUACCGAACUCUCAUCACAAAGGAAUCUCCUCAGGACAGUGCAAUCACCAGAGACAUUAACAGGACAUUCCCCGCUCAUGACUAUUUCAAAGACACUGGAGGAGACGGGCAAGACUCGCUCUACAAAAUCUGCAAGGCUUAUUCUGUUUAUGAUCAGGAGAUUGGCUACUGCCAGGGACAAUCCUUCCUGGCUGCAGUGCUGCUGCUGCACAUGCCAGAGGAGCAAGCUUUCAGUGUUCUGGUGAAGAUCAUGUUUGAUUACGGGCUCAGGGACCUGUUCAAACAGAACUUUGAAGAUCUGCACUGCAAGUUCUUCCAGCUUGAAAGACUCAUGCAGGAGUACAUACCAGAUCUGUACAACCAUUUCCUGAAUGUGGGUCUGGAGGCUCAUAUGUACGCUUCCCAGUGGUUCCUAACUCUCUUCACAGCCAAGUUUCCUCUUUACAUGGUCUUCCAUAUAAUCGACCUGCUACUGUGUGAGGGUAUUAGUGUGAUCUUCAAUGUAGCCCUGGCCCUUUUGAAGACUUCAAAAGACGAUCUACUGCAGACAGACUUCGAGGGCGCUCUCAAAUUCUUUCGUGUCCCCGUCCCAAAAAGGUACCGCUCUGAAGAAAAUGCCAAGAAACUGAUGGAGCUGGCUUGUAGCAUGAAGAUAAGUCAGAAGAAGCUGAAGAAAUUUGAGAAGGAGUACCACACCAUACGGGAGCAGCAGGAGCAACAAGAAGCCCCCAUUGAGAGAUAUGAGCGGGAGAAUCGGCGUUUGCAAGAGGCCAACAUGCGUUUGGAGCAGGAGAACGACGACUUGGCACAUGAACUAGUGAGCAGCAAGAUAGCUCUUCGGAAAGAUCUGGACAAUGCUGAAGAAAAGGCAGAUGCCCUGAAUAAAGAGUUGCUGCUGACCAAACAGAAGCUGAUUGAAUCUGAAGACGAGAAGAGACGGCUGGAGGAAGAGUCCGCACAGCUGAAAGAAAUGUGCCGAAGGGAGCUUGAUAAGUCGGAGUCAGAGAUAAAGAAGAACGGUUCUAUUAUUGGAGAAUAUAAACAGAUCUGCUCUCAGCUCAGCGAACGACUGGAGAAACAACAGACGGCCACUCGAGGAGAACUGGAGAAAAUCAGAUCCAAGGUUGAAGGCUGUGAGAAGUGCAGCAGUCUUUUCAACAAAGAGGGUCGUGUGCGAGCUGCGGUAACCACGGCGCCCGCCGACGGGACGGAGGAGACCGACGAGGAGAAGGAGGGUCUGAAGAACCAGCUGAGGGAGAUGGAGCUGGAGCUGGCCCAGACCAAGCUGCAGCUGGUGGAGGCCGAGUGUAAAAUCCAGGACCUGGAGCACCAUUUGGGUCUGGCUCUCAAUGAGGUUCAGGCGGCCAAAAAGACCUGGUUCAACCGAACGCUCAGCUCCAUCAAGACGGUCACCGGCACCCAGGGCAAAGAGACCACUUAACCCAACGACCCGCCAUCCGUCGCGUUUUAACAAGACCACGUCUGGAGCUCGGUGUGACUCGUCCCGCUACCUUCAGACCCCUCCUCCCCCAAAAACGUAACGCACACGGCCAUAACGUUAACAUUAACCGUUAAAAAGCAGAGGAUCUCCUCUAUGACUGACUGUGUUAAUUGUUUCCUCAUAUCAAAGAUGCUCUUUUUAUUUCCUGAAGUAACUCACCCAAUCGAAACCUUUUAACAUCCUUGCGAGCAGUGCAGCGAUAACCGCCUCCCCCCCCUGACAGAGACCACGCGCUUCCACCAGUCACAGGAGGAGAGAUGCUUCAUUGAGGAUUGUCUGCGUACUGCUGAAACAAAAAUCUCCACAGUGGAGGAAGCAAUGACAUCAGGACUGUAUCUUUGCUCUCCCUUUCUUCUAAACUACUGGCACAAAACAAGCCCCUGUAUAUUUUCUUUUUCUUUGUUUUGGUUUGUUUUAGGUACGAGUGCUUGUAGACGCCUUUAAAGGACUGAGCUUUUUCUAAUUUUCGUUGAACAGUUCUUUCUGUUGGCGUAUGUGCUAAUGUAGCGUCUGACUGUAAUGUUUAUGACUGUGAGACUGAGGAGAAAAAAAGGUUGGAAAGCCUGAAUAAUUAGCGUGUGUGUGUGAACUGUUUGAGUGUUUGUGGAAGGAUAGCGGAAAGAAAAGCACUAAAGUUAUGAGUGUGUGCAUGCAUGUCAGGUUGUCUCGUGUCCUUUAAUAUUCAAAUGUGUACAGAAAAACUGGUGAAGAGAAGUUUGCUGACAAGGCCUUGAUCUGAAGGUUGAUAACAGAGGUGGUUAUAAAUAUGUAAUUUAUGGAAACUAAAAGGAGUUGUUGUGAGAAGCGACUGCAGCUUGAAUCUCCUCGAAUUAAAAUACACACGUAAGUUUUGUUUGGUUUAGAUCUUCCACUAUGAAGAAACCUUGAAAAAAGAAAAGAAGCUCAAAAUCAAACAAAUAAUACAUUUUAUUACUCAAAUGGUUUGCUGAGUUUGAGUAAUUGAAAUUCCAAUUGUCAGAACGGACAAAUUUAUAAUUCCUACGGCCUUUAAACUCACCAUCAAUCCCAUUUCAUUCUGCCCAACAUAGAAUAAUCAGAUGUUUUUGUUUACUUCUAUGUAACUUGUGUUACAUAGACGUUAACAGAAUGUUACAUUUGCUGAUUGCAGACAUUCAUUUUGAACAGAUUUGGGGUUUUUAAUGAUGCAUUAGAACGAAAUUUUGUUUUUUUUGAUGGACUAAUAACUUUAAAACAAGAAGUGGGUGCACAAUUUUGAAAUAAAUGUGGAGUUUAUCUAAUCCACACAGGAUCAAAAUUAUACAUGCAUGCUUAAAUACGUACUUAUAAAAACCCCCAAAUAAUAGCUUUAUUGUCCCAACAGGUUUUUAUAUCAACCAAUAAAAUGUUUGGCAUAAUUCUGAGCAUUUUGCAACUCUUCUUGGCAAAGUUGAUAUAGUUCAUUAAAUUGAUGUGUUUUUCUGUUACCUGGCGCUCCAUUCUAAAGUUAGUUUUUGUGUGUUUGUUAUAAUUGUUGGAACACCUACAAUUUUGGGAAGUAGUCCAACUUUUUCCACUUCACAAGUUGUAGAAGAGAUUUAGCAUCAAUGCUGCCAUUACCAUAUUUGACAUUUAAUGGAGAGUCCUUAGGUUUAAAAGAAAAAUCUUCCUGUAACUUUGGUUAAGUAGCUCAAUCUUUGUCUUGCUUCAAGGAACCUUUUUUUUCCUAAGCUCUACUGAGCCAAGAAGAUUGGUCAAACAAACAAUCCAGAAUUAUGCUGAAAGGUGGUUGUCUCUCUAUAACAUAAGGGACAUUUAGAAAAUUAAAUUCAAACUUCUGCACCCAAUUCUUGCUGUUAUAAAUUUUGUUUGUAGUAUAAUCAUUCUACUCGGGGAAAACAAAACAAAAAAACAUGUUCAAAUAGAUUCUUAAGGGCCUAAAAGUCUUGCCAAUCCAUGUCUGUAAACUUCUGACUGGCUCCAUAAAUGCAUGUAAUUCAUAGUUAAGAUAUAAACCCACCAGCGUAAGAGCGGAAAUACUCUUUGUAGUUGUUUUUCAAUGAGGAAAUCUGGCGCCAUAGAAGGUCGAAUUGACCUGGUUCCAGGCUCGACCCAAUUGUCUAUUGAAAUUAACAAAUAUGUAGCAGAUGUCUCAAUUAUUUAAGAUGCAGAUGAUUCAGAUCUGCUGGGUAUGGAUAGAGAAAGCAUUUAAGUCACCAAAACUAGCAAAGCAGCAGCAAUACUGAUCGAAUAAAACUCAAGCAAGUAAUUUGGCAUCUUUAACAUGUAAGAAUUUUUUUUCUGGUUCAAGCGUCAUAUCACGAUGAGCCUACAAACAGCUACAACCUAUAUUUCAACAGGAAGAAUAUUAAAAUAAUUAUUUUUAUUAGCUUCAGUGGAGCAAACAUUCUCAAAUAAAUUUGGGUCUCACAGUGAAUGUUACAAGUUGCUAAAGAUAUUUAAGCUCUGAAGAUGUUAUUCUGACCACAGACUGCUGUGAAUGUGAGACACCUGUCAGCAAGCAGAGGUGUAGCCGCAGUGUGAGGGGAAUCGCACUACCAGGAGCAGAGCAGCAGAGCCGUGUCAGGAGAGGCCAGAGAUCAGGUCAAAAAGCUCUAUAUUUGUCCACAGGGCAUAAGGGGCCAGAAGAAGCCUCUGUGUGUGAUUUAAUACUUCGCUGACGGAGGAGCAGAGGCUCAAUGAUAAUGCGGUUUCAAAUCCUGCUGAGACUGAACCUUUUUCUUAGCCUGAAUGGAAUGAACCAUUUCUGUAACCUGCGUCUUAACUUGAAAAGUGAAGUCCAAUCAGCUGGAAUCCGGUUGUGAUAUUAGAAGAAGAAGAAGAAGAAAAGACGUAGAGGAGGAUCCACCUUAAGGCACUGGGCUGUAAAUAAACAUUAAAAGCAUCACUAUUGAAUUUGUUUGUUUAUGGUUUUUCUACUCUAACUAUAACUAAUGUUGCCUACCUGUACUCACCUACCUGCUGCUGUGAUACAGUUGAAUCUACAAAGUUUUUGUAUUUCUGUAUGUUUUUUGUUCUUUUUUGUAAUUGUUUUCCUUUUUGCUCCAAGCUUCUCAGUCACACUGCUGUUUGGAUAACUAAAUGCCAAAACAUAGCUCUGUCAACCAACAUUAUCAACGUGUGGAAAUUGUAAUAGAGUAGACUGCAUUGUGUAUACUCCAUGAAUUUAAAUAUAAAGAUAUGAACACAAGGA